CACUACCUCAAAUGUCAUUUGCUCAAGGGACGGUAAAUUUGCUGUCGCUCCAGCAUUAGAAGAAGUUGCUUUGUGGGAUUUAAAAAAAGGAAUUUUGAAACGAAAAUGGCUUGACAUUAAUAAUAAAGCAGAAGUAACUGCUAUAGUAAAAAAUCCAAAAAAUGACGAUUAUGCUGUUGGGCAGGUAUUUUUUAUGCUGAUGGAUCAAUUCGAAUAUGGUCCAUUGAAAAACCAACUUUCUCCCUUGUUUUCAAUGGUCACCGAG